AAAAUUGAUGUUCAGCCGAAAAAAACGUUCAUCUUCCUUUUUCUCGCGAGUAAUUUUGAAAGAAAAUCAUGCCGUUAGCCAGAGAUUUACUCCACCCUCUUCCAGCUGAAGAGAAGCGCAAGCAUAAGCUUAAGCGCUUAGUACAACACCCAAAUAGCUAUUUCAUGGAUGUCAAAUGUCCAGGAUGCUAUAAAAUCACAACAGUUUUCAGUCACGCUCAAGGAGUCGUUGUCUGCACUGGAUGCUCCACAAUCUUGUGUCAACCAACAGGAGGUCGUGCAAAAUUGACAGAAGGAUGUUCAUUCAGAAAAAAACCAUAUUAAGCUAUAGAAUGUAUGCUAAGGAUUUUUGGUUUUGUAUUUUACAAUAUUCAGAACCUUAAUAAAGAUUCAACCGAAAUUCCAUCAAAAAUCAAAAGGUUUUAAGGUUUUUGAAAAUUGC